GAAGCAGCAACUUAAAGCUGCUAAGGCCAAAAAGUGUGUGAAGAAAUCUCAUGUAUUUCAUGAACAAACAGAUUAUAAGAAUCUGGUUUGGUCAGAUCAAGAUAUUGAUGAGAGGGCUUCCGAUUUCUUUACUAUUUUAUUAACGGCUAAUGAAAACAAAAAUAUCUGGAAACCUUCGGGUAGGCCUUCAACUUAUAUUGGAGGUUCUAAAAGAACUCAAAGACGCAAAAAAGCGGAGCUAAAGAAGGCUGCACAAGACACUCGAUCUAUCACUGCUUACUUUGCUUCUGCCUUAACGUGUUCUAAUAUUGUAUCAGCUUCGACUUCCACUUGCGAAUUGUCAACAGAAUUACAUGCAUCAAUGGAAAUGGAAUCAGUAGAGGUGGAAUCAAUGGAGAUGGAAUUAGUAGAGAUGGAAUUAGUGGAGGUGGAAUCAGUGGAGGUGAAAUCAGAAUCAAUAGAAAUAGGAUCAACAACGAUGGAAUCAGCAGUAGACGCAUUAGUAGAAAAAGAUAUCGAUGAGAGAACAAAAAUAAGGUUGGCAAUUGAGGAGUUGGAUAGGAUGUUAAAAAAGGAUGACAAUCAAAUAGAUAAAGGCGUAAAGAUUCACUUGCAAGCGUCAUUGCAAUACUUAUGGUUAAGAUACCAGGGUCAGACUAGAAUAAGCGCAAGUACAACAAUUGCCAGUUCGUUAGGAUGGGGAGACUAUAAAGCAUGA